AUGGUCAAGGACACUAAGCUCUAUGACACCCUCGGGGUUCCCGAGACGGCCUCUGAGGCUCAACUGAAGUCGGCCUACAAGAAGGGUGCCCUCAAGUACCACCCAGACAAGAACGCCAACAACCCGGAAGCCGCCGAGAAAUUCAAGGAAAUGUCCCACGCUUACGAGGUUCUCUCCGACCCCCAGAAGCGUCAGAUCUACGAUCAGUAUGGUGAGGAGGGUCUGGAAGGCGGUGCCGGUGGUGGCAUGGGUGCUGAGGAUCUCUUCGCUCAGUUCUUCGGUGGUGGCGGUGGUUUCGGCGGUAUGUUCGGUGGGGGCAUGCGGGAUCAGGGCCCCAAGAAGGCUCGCACCAUCCAUCACGUUCACAAGGUCAACCUGGAGGAUAUCUACCGCGGCAAGGUCUCGAAGUUGGCGCUGCAGAAGUCCGUCAUUUGCGCUGGCUGCGAUGGCCGUGGUGGUAAGGAAGGUGCCGUCAAGUCCUGCACGGGCUGCAAUGGUUCCGGUAUGAAGACGAUGAUGCGCCAGAUGGGACCCAUGAUCCAGCGAUUCCAGACUGUCUGCCCCGACUGCAACGGAGAAGGAGAGAUCAUCCGCGAGAAGGACCGCUGCAAGCGCUGCAACGGCAAGAAGACCAUUGUUGAGCGCAAGGUCCUCCACGUCCAUGUCGACAAGGGUGUGAAGAACGGCCACAAGAUCGAGUUCCGCGGUGAGGGAGACCAGAUGCCUGGUGUACUCCCUGGCGAUGUGGUAUUUGAGAUUGAGCAGAAGCCUCAUCCCCGAUUCCAGCGCAAGGACGACGAUCUGUUCUACCAUGCUGAAAUUGAUCUCCUUACCGCUCUCGCCGGUGGAUCCAUCAACAUUGAGCAUCUCGAUGAGCGGUGGUUGACCGUCAACAUCGCCGCUGGCGAGGUUAUCACUCCUGGUGCGAUCAAGGUGAUCAAGGGCCAGGGUAUGCCAUCUUUCCGUCACCACGACUUCGGCAACCUGUACAUCCAAUUCGACGUCAAGUUCCCCGAGAAGGACCAGCUCCAGAACCUCGACCUUCUGGAGAAGGUUCUGCCUCCUCGCAUGGAGCAGCCCCAGGCCCCCGCUGAUUCGAUGGUUGAAGACUUCAAGUUGGAGGACAUCGACGCCAGCGAAGGCUCGCAAAGACGGGCCCACGGUGCUGCCGGCAGCAUGGAUGAGGAUGAUGAAGACGUUCCUCCUGGUGGUGAGAGAGUGCAGUGUGCUUCUCAGUAA